AUGAUCACUUUACCAAGUUCAUAUUCCGAUAUUGAUAGAUACGCGGAUGAUCUAUUGUGGUUCAUCGACACACCCUUGUUCCGCCAAGUCACCGGCGAUAUCCACGUCAACGAUGCGUUGAUCUACGACGCAUGGGACGCCUUGCCCCCGGAGUGGACGAACUGGUGGUCCACAAUCCCAGACCAUCGUCUGGCGCAGCAAGACUUGAUUGACAGUAUCGAGGAGCAGUUUCUGGCUCGGCCUCUGUCCAAGAACGACGAUGCUGUGAACGAUGGACAAAAGAGGCAUUUGCAAGACCGGCCGGAGUCGCUGACGAAAUGGCUAACGACUCUCCAAUCACUGUCUCUCCCUCGUGCUCGGCAUCCCGGUCCAAGCAUUGACCUUCCAGAGGUACUGACAGGCCGCAUGAAAACCAAAAAGAUUGCCGAGGUCUCCACCGCCGCCGCUUACAUCCAGCGCGUCUGCCAGGCCAACGGCAUCACCCACGUCGUCGACAUGGGUUCUGGACAAGGCUAUCUUUCUGUUUCUCUUGCUUUCCUCUUCCCCGACCUACGGAUCCUUGCCAUCGACGGCAGCGCGGCCCAGAUCGAGGCCUCGGAGGCCGCCGCCGCUAGUCUUGAGAUUCCUGAGCACAGAAUCCAGCACGUGCGGCGCUAUAUCGACGGUACAGCACCGUUGGCAGCUGAGAUCACCGCCUGGGCCGGAGGGGAGAAGUGUAUGCUCGUCGGCCUACACGCAUGCGGCAACCUCUCCGAGCACAUGCUGAAAUACUUCGCAACGGUCCCGCUCAUCACGCAUCUUGGUGCCGUCGGGUGUUGCUAUAACCACAUUGUUCCGCGUUCUGCCGCUUGCCCGGAUGGGUUCCCCGUCAGUGAAAAGAUGAGAAACAGGGACGUGAGGCUGAGUGCAACGGCGCUGAUGACGGGCUGUCAGGCGCCGAACAACUGGGAGAGGCCGGACCUGAGUAAAGGAGAGUCCGAGUACUCGAAACGCCGCUUCUAUCGAGCGCUUCUGGAGAAGAUUUUGUUUGAUAAAGGCAUCGAGCUUGACAAGGAAAGCAGGCCGGUCUGGGGCGUACGAAAGGGGGACAUGGCCAGCUUUGCCAAGUUUACGCGCAGAGCUAUAGCAUACCUCGGCAUUGACGGCAGUAUGAUUACCGACGACGAACUCGCGUCCUACGAGUUCCGAUACCGGGACCAUAACGCUAAGAUAGCGAUCCUGUGGACGCUAAGCGUCCUGUGCUGUAAGGUUGUCGAAAGCGUGAUUGCUUUUGAUCGUUACUGCUUCCUUACUGAGAACGGAGGGGAAGAUGUAGAGGUCUUGCCCAUCUUUGACUACAAGAUAUCGCCGAGGAAUCUGAUGCUUGUAGCCAGCAAGGGUUCCGGGUAA